AUGACAUCAUCCGCAUUGAGAGUUGGCUGGUAUGGCCUCGGGUCGAUGGGGCUAGGAAUGUCGCUCAACCUCCAAAAAUAUCUCAAGAGCAACAAUCUAUCGCCACUUCUUUACAGCAACCGCACUUUGUCAAAGGGUAGUCUUCUUCGCGAUGAAGGAGCCGUACCCGAAGAGAAGUUCGAAGAUCUCGUCCAAAAUUCGGACGUUAUUUUCACAAUGAUCUCCAUGGACGACGUCCUAAUCGAACUGCUAAACAAGGCGUUAGUCGCGGGCGACGCAUUGAAAGGCAAAAUCUUCGUAGACACUUCUACUAUUCAUCCAGACACGUCGGAAUGGGCCACAUCGCGCCUCAGUGAACAUGGCGCAGCAUUUAUAGCAGCUCCAGUUUUUGGUGCUAGUACCGUGGCAGCCGCCGGCAAGCUGAUUUUCGCGGUUUCUGGACCUGCUAAGGCAGUUGAAACAAUCAGACCACUUCUCAAGGACGUCAUGGGACGCAGUAUCAUCAACAUGGGGAAAGACGUGCGGAAAUCCAGCCUUCUCAAAAUAUCUGGAAACAUUCUUGUGAUCAGCUUCAUGGAAGUGAUUGCCGAAGCACAGGUAUUUGCCGAAGUCACAGGGAUUGGCAAUCAACAGCUGGAGGAGUUCAUUGGCAAUAUGUUUGGUCCUGUACUCGAAAGCUACUCAAAGCGUAUCACUACUGGGGCGUAUGCACCGCCGUUGGAUACAUCUCCCGGGUUUGCAGCGGCUCUUGCAAGCAAAGACAUGAAACACGCUCUAUCCAUUGCUGCCAGUCAUGCAACUCGUCUUCCAACCCUCGAAGUUGCAUCAAGCCGUCUUACAUCAGCACGAGAAUAUGCUGGUGAAUGCUUGGAUAGUUCAGCCAUUUAUGGAACAGGGCGAUUGGAAGCGGGUCUACCUUUUUGGAGCGAAAAGAGUCGACAGGGAAAUUGA